GCCGCGCGCGCCGCGCGGGUGCGGGAGCCGGGCCUGGGUCGCGGGCGGGAAUCGGCCGGGGGCUCACCGGCCGCGCGGCGGGCCGCUCGGGAGUCGCGGCGAUGGCGGUGCAGGCGGCGCUCCUCAGCACGCACCCGUUCGUCCCCUUCGGCUUCGGGGGCUCCCCGGACGGGCUGGGGGGCGCCUUCGGAGCCCUGGACAAGGGCUGCUGUUUCGAGGAUGAUGAGACCGGGACACCAGCGGGCGCGCUGCUGGCGGGCGCCGAGGGCGGGGACGUGCGCGAGGCCACCCGCGACCUGCUCAGCUUCAUCGACUCGGCGUCCAGCAACAUCAAGCUGGCACUGGACAAGCCCGGCAAGUCGAAGCGGAAGGUGAACCACCGCAAGUACCUGCAGAAGCAGAUCAAGCGCUGCAGCGGCCUCAUGGGCACCGCGGCCCCCUGCCCGCCCUCUCCAGGCGCUGCGGAUACACCGGCCAAGCGGCCGCUCGCCGCCCCGGGCGCCCAGACCGUCGCGGUCCCGCCCCACGGCAAGGCGGCUCCUCGGCGGGAGGCAUCGCAGGCCGCGGCUGCCGCCAGCCUGCAGAGCCGGAGCCUCGCCGCGCUCUUCGACUCGCUGCGCCACGUCCCUGGGGGCGACGAGCGGGCCGGGGGUUCGGUGGCGGCGCGGGUGGCCGGGCUCGGUGGAGCGGGCGCUGGGGGCUCGGGAGGGGACGCGGCCGGCUCCGCGGGAGGUACGGCAGUCCCCGGCGCCAGGAAGGUCCCGUUGCGAGCCCGCAACCUGCCCCCGUCCUUCUUCACCGAGCCGUCCAGGGCGGGCGGCAGCGGUUGCGGCCCGUCGGGGCCCGGAGUGAGCUUGGGCGAUUUGGAGAAGGGCGCGGGCGCGGAAGCCGUGGAGUUCUUCGAGCUGCUGGGUCCCGACUACGGCGCCGGCACCGAGGCGAGUGUCUUGCUCGCCGCGGAGCCUCUCGAUGUUUUUCCCACGGGAGCCGCCGUCUUGCGGGGUCCCCCGGAGCUGGAGCCUGGUCUCUUUGAGCCGCCACCGGCGAUGGUGGGGAGCCUACUGUACUCCGAGUCCUGGAGCGCCCCAGGCUGCCCUCCGACCAAGAAACCGCCGCUGGCCGCCCCCCGCGGCGGCUUGACCUUGAAUGAGCCCUUGCGCCCCCUGUACCCCACUGCGGCGGACUCUCCCGGCGGCGAGGAUGCGCCCGGCCUCUUGGCGUCUUUCGCCCCCUUCUUCUCAGACUGCGCCCUGCCCCCGCCACCGCCGCCGCAUCAGGUGUCCUACGAUUACAGCGCGGGCUACAGCCGCACGGCUUACUCCAGCCUCUGGAGACCGGACGGGGUUUGGGAAGGGGCGCCCGGGGAGGAGGGGGCGCACCGGGACUAAGGGAGAGGUGCCGUUGCGGGUUUUGAGACUGCUGUGGGGAGCUCCCGCCUCCGGGUUUCUCCUAUGCCUAAGAACGCUGGAAAGUGCACGUGGAGAUGAAACGGGGUUUUAAAAUAUUCAAUUAAUAAAAGAAACUUAAGAAAAAGA